UUUCUCUUCCUCUCACUUCCAUUUAUUUUCUCAUAAGGGUCAUCAGAAAGAGAGAGAAAGAAAACACCCCACACAUACAGAACAGAACAAAGGAAGCUGAAGAAAGAGAAAGCACAUCACAGUUCCACAGAACCUGAACGUAAACACAGACACCAACGAUCUUACUCUCACUUCACCUCACCAACUAAGCCACACCCUUUUCAUCAUCAUCAUCAUCAUCAUCAUCAUCUUCUUCUUCUUCUUCUUCAUCUUCUUCUUCUCAGCAACUUUAUCUUUCUUUCUACCGUAUUCUCUGCACAAAUGGAGGUCAUAGCUCUCUACAAGCUUGAAUCUCGUGGGAUAGUGUAGUUCCUUCGAGACCUUUCCUUUACGACUUUGUAACUCUCGAGCUCGUUCUUCUUCCUCUUCGUGCUCUCCUUUUCUCUUUACCUUCCUCUUUCGCUCUCUAGAACUUCCUCUGCCGGAGGAUGGCCAUCUCGUGCCGGAAACUGACCGUCGUGAACUUGGAUCCGGAGAGAAAGCGAAGCGGGGGGUUGAGGACUAAACAGGCGGGGAGAGGAUCGUGCCGUGGUAGUUAGUUUUUCGGGAAUGUGCUUUUUGCUCUCUCUCUCUUUCUUCGUGAAUGAAUGCUAGUGUGACUCCAUUGCGUUGGAAAAAGGAUAACUUUUUACCGGUUUCGGAACCCCUUUUGCGAAAAACCAAAUGGGGUUUUUGCUCAAAGAGGUUUUGAGGACUCUGUGCUCAAGGAAUCGCUGGUCUUAUGCCGUGUUUUGGAAGAUCGGUUGCAACAAUUCCAAGCUGUUAAUCUGGGAAGAUCACUACUAUGAACCCUUGCCAUCUCCUUUCCCUCCACGUACUGUUGGGAUGUCUAAUUUUCCAUACCGAGACGGGGAAGGGUGCUGGUUUUCUUCUGAGUCUCAACUGGGGAUUCAGGAGGAGGACAGAGUCGGUGGAUUGAUUAACAAAAUGAUGUUGAAUAAUUCAGUCAGUAUUGCUGGAGAAGGGAUGGUUGGACGGACAACAUUUACAGGAAACUAUCAGUGGAUUCUUAUGAACAAUUUCAGUAGAGAUGCAUAUCCACCAGAGGUAUAUUCUGAGUUGCAUUACCAAUUUUCUGCUGGAAUGCAGACAGUAGCAGUUAUUCCUGUGCUUCCUCAUGGGGUUGUUCAAUUUGGUUCUUUAUUUCCAAUAAUGGAAGAUGUUGGAUUUGUGAAUGAUGUGAAGAACUUGAUCUUGCAAUUGGGAUGUGUACCUGGUGCCCUUCUUUCUGAAGAUUAUUCAGCAAAAGUUUCGAGUGAAAGACUUGGUGUACCUGUCACUGCUGAUACACCAGUCAUUACUUCCAAAUGCACUCCCUCUGCAGCUAAUGGCUCCAACCAACUAACUAAUUCUACUAUUGCUUCAAGGUCUGUGACUCCAUCACCUCAUCCACCAAGGGGAGAAAUAGAUAAUUACCAGGGUUCUGCAUUGACUCCUCAAACCUAUGACCAAAACCAAAUAUUUGAUAGCAUUUGCCAACCAAAGUCUCAUUCAAUGGUAAAAACAAUGGCCUAUAGCCAGCAGAAGAAGACGGUCUUCCAUACUGAAGCUAAAGUGAUACCGACAAAUUUUGAUUCAUGUAUGCAACAGCCUUCUGCUUAUAAUUCCAGAUCUGCAUUCAAUGAAUUAGCUGGCUUCAAUCAAUUAAAUCUGAGUUGCAACCUUAACUAUAUGGAACAACAAACAUCAGGUGUUGGGAGACAGAGUCACGUUAAUCCCAACAUGAAUCCAUCAAGUGCCUCAAACAUGCCUCAACUGAAAACAGGUGUAGGCAAAAUUCUUGAACAGAAUCAGAGUUCUGGUGGCGGUUCACUAUUUGGAGGAAUCCCAAUAUGUGGUGGGAGUAAUCUUUUGAGGACAAAUAUGAUUAACUGCUCUGUUUCAAAUUCUCCCAAAGUACCCACUUCUGAAUUUUCUGGAAGUCACAAGAUUGAGUUUGGGCUUCAAAAUAACAAUUCAACAACUGAUACUGGGGUCUGUUCUGUGCCUAAUUUCUGUAACCAAUCAGUUACCAGUCACAUGAAUCUAGAAAACUCUGCUCAGAAGAACCUUCCCAUUGAUUUAAAGCAUGCUUGUGAUGCUUUCGUUUCAACUGAUCAAAGGAUACAUGAUGAUUUGCUUCAUACCGCUCUUAAUAUUCCGUCUCUUCAUCUUGAGGAGAAUGAGCCUAUGGGUGAUAAUAUCCCUGGUUUUGUUCAAGAUUGCCUCAAUAAAGAUUUUACUAGUGUGGUGAAAAUGAAUGUUAAGCAUGAAGAGACCUAUAAUCAACUUCCAUCAGGGGAUGAUCUCUUCGAUGUUUUAGGCGUGGAUUUGAAAAGGAAACUACUCAAUGGAAACUGGGAUAAUUUGCUUGCCAGUGAUUCAGAGGCCAACAGAGAGCGUCUAGAUAAAAAGGCAACAUGCAUGAAUUUGCCUGGUGUACGUCCUGAUAACAGCUAUUCAGUUAAGGAAGCAAUAUCAGACAGUGGGAUCUUCUCAGGAACGGGCACUGACCACCUCUUAGAUGCUGUUGUUUCAAAAGCUCAAUCUGCUCCAAAACAGAGUUCUGAUGAAAUGUCUUGCAGGACAACAUUGACAAGGGUUAGUACUGCCUCCGUUUCCUCUCCUGCCUGCAACCAGGUUCUGUCUGAUCAUGUCCUGAAGGGAUUGUUUGAUUUUCCCAAGAACGGGGCUAAAAGAGCUGCUGGGGAAACCAGUUCUCUUAGGUCUGGGUGCAGCAAGGAUGAUGCUGGAAACUGCUCUCAAAUGACUUCCAUAUAUGGUUCUAAGCUUAGUUCAUGGGUUGAGAAUGGUAGUAGUGUGAAACGUGAAAGCAGCGUUUCAACUGGAUACUCUAAGAGACCAGAAGAAGUUUGCAAAUCAAAUAGGAAAAGGCUUAAACCUGGAGAGAAUCCUAGACCUCGCCCUAAAGAUCGCCAAAUGAUUCAAGAUCGUGUUAAAGAAUUAAGGGAAAUUGUGCCAAACGGAGCAAAAUGUAGCAUAGAUGCACUUCUGGAAAAGACAAUCAAGCAUAUGCUUUUCCUGCAAAGUGUAACAAAGCAUGCUGACAAGCUGAAACAGACAGGGGAAUCUAAGAUUGUUAGUAAAGAAGGUGGGUUGCUAUUAAAAGACAACUUUGAAGGAGGGGCUACAUGGGCAUAUGAGGUUGGCUCGCAAUCAAUGGUUUGUCCAAUCAUUGUUGAGGAUCUUAAUCCACCUCGUCAGAUGCUAGUAGAGAUGCUUUGUGAGGAACGGGGUUUCUUUCUGGAAAUAGCUGACUUAAUCAGAGGAUUAGGAUUAACUAUCUUGAAGGGAGUUAUGGAAGCUCGUAAUGACAAGAUCUGGGCACGCUUUGCAGUUGAGGCCAACAGGGACGUGACGAGGAUGGAAAUAUUUAUGUCACUGGUUCGUCUUUUGGAUCAAACAGUGAAGGGUGGUGCAUCUUCAUCGAAUGCAACUGAUAAUAACAACGUGAUGAUGUAUCAUCAUUCUUUCCCACAAGCUACCCAGAUAGCAGCAACUGGUAGACCUAGUAGUUUGCAAUGAAGCAUCAUCCAUUGUAGUUUCUUGGCAUCAAAUUCACUCUAAAAAACUUAAGGUGAAGAUAACUUAGUGAAGGGCAUCUCAAAUGCAUUUGUAUUUGUAUUAUGUACAUGCAUGUUUCCUCCAGUGCCUUCCAAAGCCAGUGUUGGCAGUGUCUGCUGGUGCUUUAGGCAACUUAGAUAACUUGCAUUUUUUCUUUCUCUUGGGAGUAAUGCCACUUGUCACCAACUGGGAUAAGGCUUUUAUUGAUGUUUGUUGAUGAGUAAUGCCAUUGGUAUUGUUGUAUAGAAACUGUAGGAUUUGCAAAGGGCGUUCACGAGUUUGACCAUGGAGCUCUUGCAUGUGUUGCUCUUUUAUGACCAUUUUUCACCAUGUUUUUUCUUUCUUGGAGUGGUGAUAUUGGCUGUUAUAAUAUACAAUUUGUAUUGAUAUCA